UCAAGUUGACAAUAAAAUAGGAUCAAGCCUAAUAAUGGAGCUCCUUGCUUCAUCAGUAUUUUGUAUAUUUUCUAUCAAUAAAAGUUAAAUUAAAAAAAUGGAGGACGUAAAUUUAUCAAAGAAAAAUAAAGGACCUUUAAUUGACCCAGCUCUUUGUCGUUGCUGCCGUUCCAUAAAGAAAUGUCGGCUUCUAACAACAGAAUACGAAUUCAUGGGAACGAAGGAAGUGUAUUCGGAUAUGUUUAUGGAUGUUUUCGGUUUACUUUUAUCACACCUAGAGGAUGAUAGCAAAGAGUCCUGUAUUUGUGCGACGUGUGUUUCCCGUCUACGUGAAGCGUGUGCAUUCAGACGUCAAGUGCUCCAGUCCGAGCAGAUGUUUUUAGAGGCUCGGUUACAGAAUAAAGAUGAAAAUGACCAAAAUGUGAAAAUCGAAGUAAAAACGGAGCCGGCUUGUGAAAAUGAUUCCAAUGACGUCACAGAUGUACAAGACGACCAUUAUGAUGAUGAUUUAACGAUAAAACUAGAUUCACAAACAUCAAUAGAAGACAAUCUUAAACCGAGGCUACCCUUAAAGAAAACUAGAAGUACCCAGAAGAGCAAAGUUUGUAAGGAAUUGAGAAGUGGCGGGAAGAUGCACAGAUUGAGGGAAAAGCUAGAUAAGCUGUUAAAAACAGAUUCGCCGCCUCAGAAAAAAUUACAAUUAAAGAAACAAGCCAUCGAUCACGACCAAAUGGCCUUCACGAACACUAUCACAAUCGUUCACAACUCAUACGUCUGUCCGUUUCAUAAUCGCAUCAGCUUUUAUUACUGUUACUAUUGCAAGGACCAAUUCACGAAUCCCAACGAACUCAGGGAACAUACACUAUCCCACGAUCCGAAAGAACUCUUCGAAGAUACGACAGAAAAUAAAAAAACUCCGAAAAUCGAUAUUACGAGAAUCGAUUGCAGACUUUGUCCGGAGAAAAUCGACGACCUCGAUACAUUUAAGACGCACAUCACUAAUGUACACGGGAAAGUUAUUUAUCCCGUGACAAAUGAAUUUUUGAAGUUUCGUCUGACAUUAAAUAAUUUGACGUGCACAGAGUGUAAUAGUGUCUUUCCUUAUUUCGAUUCCCUUAAAAAACAUAUGAUCGAUCAUUUCGGUACGUUCACUUGUGAUAUGUGUGGCGCAUGCUUUUUAGAACAGGCGUCAUUGAGAACGCACAUCAAAGCUCAUAACAAAAUUGACGUGAAUUUUCCAUGUGAAAUUUGCGGUAAAAAUUUAAAAUCGAAAUAUAGCCGAAGCUUACACGUCGCGACUGUCCAUGAAAAAAAACCUUUCGUUAAUUGUUAUAAAUGCGAGGCGACGUUUUUGUCGUACGCGUUACGUAAUCGUCAUUUGAUCGAGGUCCACGGUGAUAAACGCACGUUCCCUUGCAAGUUGUGUGAUAAAGUCUAUAAUAGACGCAAGACGUUGAUGGAACACAAUCGUCGGAACCAUUUGAAAGUAUAUCGACAUCAAUGCGACCUUUGCGACCAGAGGUUCUAUUUGCCGUCUCGUUUGAAAGAACACAUGGCGACUCAUACGGGAGAAAGGAACUUUAGAUGCGAGUUCUGUGAUAAAAGUUAUCCCCGAUUGCAGUCCUUGCAAGAACAUAUACGAUCUCAUAGCAGCGAAAGGAGAUUUAAGUGCGAUGUUUGUAAUACAGCGUUCACGCAGAGCGGCAGUUUGAAAAACCAUAUGAAAAGUCAUCACCAAGUUUUCGAAAUGGAAGGCAGUUUUAAUUAAUGUAAACGAAAAUUAGUUCAAUUUCUGAAGUAUAAAUUGGCGGGAAAAUUUAAUGACACUGACAUUUCGAUGAUUGUGUGAACAGAUUAAAAAGGUUUUUGUAAUAAUGUUUGUAAAGAAUGAUGAUAAUUUAAUUGCGCUUAAAUGUAAAUAGAACAAUUUGUAUAAUUUAUAUAAUGUGAUGUAUGU